AAAGUAUUCCUCGAACAGCAGCCGCACAGCAAAAAGCAACGCACGUCUGACUCGAUCGGAAUCGGAGGAACAGUUUUAUUCCGUGAUGGCCACACCGGAGCAGAUCCAGCAGGAAAAGGCGGCCCGCCGGGCAGCCAUUCGCACCGAGUACUGGCGAACGAUUACCAACCCGCACGCCCAUUUGCACGGCGAAAGCGGUGGUGUGUUUGAUACCGGGUUGGCGCGCUUCCAAGCCAUGCGAGUCAAUCACUUCGAGCACUUCAAGCCCACGGGACGCACGCUGAAGAUUGGCAUGCUGACCACCGUUAUCCCGAUCGUGGCUUACGCUAUAAUGAUGAAGAGGGAACGCGAUGCUCGGGAAAAGGAGUACCGCACCGGACAGGUGGCCUACAAGGAUCGUCGGUUCAAGUUUAUCUAAAUGGAGACAACAUAUGUUUCUUUCGUUAGACAGAGAGUGAAUUUCGGCUGCCGGAGGGAAUAAGUACGAAAAAACGCAAUCCGAUUAAAUGGUAAUGUAAUAAAUUGUUUAUUUUUCCUCCAA